UUUAAAUAUAUAAAUGGUAAUAAAACUUGUGCUUAUAAUGUCUAAAAAUAAAUCAAUUAAAAUAGAUGCCGCUGUGCAAACGGUGAUACGAGUCCAUCCAAAUACGUUAGAUAUAAAUGGAUUUCCGUAUAUUUCGUCUGAGAAAAAGUUGCAGACAGUUUUAUCAGAAAAACCGGAUGAUAAUAAACAUUUUUAUUCGUUACUUAAGUUUACUCCUUAUUCGGAUAUCGUAGAAAAUAGUAUGAAGAUCAUAGAUAUACCAAGGAAGAAGAAAUUGCAGUUUCAUUAUCUCCCUAGCGCGAAAAUAGACGAAAACAUACGCGAUUUAGUACUAGCCGACGACGACGGUGUGAGUUACAUUUGCGCCGAAAUUUUAAAACGUCGUAAAACCGGAAAUAAGAUCCAUUAUCACGAUCAGGAAACUCAAACGGACGUUCUAGUACAUCCGCACAUUUUAGAAGAUACAGACGUCUCCACAGUAUCAGAAACCAAAGGAACACAAACAAGUAAUAGUAAAUGAGUUGUUUCAUUAGAUAAUUUGUAAAUGUUCAUCGGUAGGUGAUAAAAGUUAUCAGUUGUACAAAACAAUAAACUUUUCAAACUUCAAA